AUGGCCGAUUCCUAUCCUUUUCCAGACAGCAUUCAUGUCUCUAGUACUGUUACUAUUAAGAUUACCAGCAACAAUUAUCUUCUUUGGAAGACACAGUUCGAAUCCCUCCUGUCGUGUCAGAAACUCAUCGGCUUUGUGAAUGGGACCGUCACAGCUCCACCACGCUUCACCUCCACUCGCACCGGCGAGUCUAUUACAGAAGUCCCCAACCCUCGGUUUGAAUCCUGGUUUUGCACAGAUCAACUGAUCCGCUUCUGGCUCUUUGGAACUCUGUCAGAAGAGGUUCUCGGGUAUGUUCAUACUCUCUCUACCUCUAGGGAUGUAUGGAUGUCCUUAGCUGAAAACUUUAACAAGAGUAGUAUCUCUAGAGAAUUUGCCCUUCGUCGUAAUUUAUGGGUGCUAGAGAAGAAAGAUAUGACUUUUGCUGCCUACAGUCGUGAGUUCAUUUCUAUUUGCGAUGCACUGAGCUCCAUAGGCAAACCUAUAGACGACUCUAUGAAGAUAUUUCAGUUUCUCAAUGGCUUAGGGCGUGACUAUGACCCUAUCACGACAGUGAUUCAGAGCUCCCUCGGCAAACUGUCUCCUCCAUCGUUUACUGAUGUUGUCUCUGAGGUUGACAGCUUCGAUGCAAAGCUUCGGUCUUACGAGAAUGCUGACUCAGUUUCCCCUCACGUUGCCUUUCAAACUUCGUAUGGUAGCAACAACAGAGGCAACUUUCGCGGUCGCAACAGAGGUCAAAACAGAGGUCGUGGCGGCUAUUCCUCCCGAGGUCGAGGCUUUACUCAAUAUCAAACCACUCCAACCAAUAACGGUGAACGUCCAACAUGUCAGAUUUGCGGAAGGAUUGGUCACACAGCAGCCAACUGCUACAAUAGGUUCAACAACAACUAUCAAGGUGGCGACAUGGCUCAAGCUUUCAACUCCCUUUAUGUGACUGAUGGCAAUGAGUGGGUUACAGACUCUGGAGCCACUGCUCACAUCACCUCUACACCUACCAAUCUUCAAUCCGCCUCUUCAUACGAAGGCAAUGAUGUUGUUUUGGUCGGUGAUGGAGCCUAUCUCCCAAUCACUCAUCUUGGCUCUGCAACCAUCAUUACUCCCGCAGGUAUAAUUCCUCUAAAUGAGGUUUUAGUUUGUCCCGAAAUGAAAAAGUCACUUUUAUCAGUUUCCAAACUCUGUGAUGAUUAUCCUUGUGGAGUAUACUUUGAUUCUACUAAUGUGUAUGUGAUUGACAUAAAAAAUCAGAAAGUGGUGGUAAAGGGACCAAGAAGUGAUGGUCUUUAUGUGUUGAAGAAUCAAGAGUUUGCAGCCUACUUCUCUAAUCGUUGA